AUGGCCAGUUUGCUAGUGCGCCGUCUCUCCUCCCACUACGCAGAAGACCAACCGCCGACACCACCGCAAGAACCAGCGUCGCCGAGGACUACAUUUUCCUCUCUUCGCCCUAAGGCGAGCGAACCGCCCUCCUCGCCUUCCCUACACAGCUUCAGGCCAUCUCCCAAACCGGUCAAUCCCCUGCAGCAUGUGGCCCAGAUUCUCUCCAUCCCUAAAAACUCGCAGCAGCUUGCGCAGGACAUUGCCGCACGCGCAUCAAACUUGCCCACCUCAUCCGAGCUAGCGGCUGCCGAAGUCGAGGGUAAGAAGAAAGACUGGGGACCUGAGCCAUUCCACUUCCACGUCUACGGGCACAAACACAAUACGCACAUCACCGUCACAAAGCCGGACCGCAACGCCAUAAUUUCAAUAUCGACUGGCCAGAUUGGCUUUAAAAAGGCGAAACGAGGCACGUACGAUGCAGCGUACCAGCUGUGCGCGUACGUCAUGGAUAAGUUGAACCAGGGCGGAUGGCACAAGGAGAUCACACAGAUGGAGGUUGUUCUGCGGGGCUUUGGCAAUGGACGAGAAGCUGCUACGAAGGUGUUACUUGGAACAGAGGGGAAGUUGCUCAGGAAUGCGAUUGUGAAGGUGUCUGAUGCUACGAGGCUCAAAUUUGGUGGAACGAGGAGCAAGAAGCCCAGACGUCUGGGUUAG